CCUGCCACAAUUUAGUGAAACUGUAGCUGACGAUGAGGAAGCUUGGACUGACAUCUUCCGUUGUAUCUGCCACCAUCCAACGUCACAUAUGAAGCUUAUUACAUCAUAACAUCGGUCUUUCUUGCGGCACACGACCCUGCUUUGACGGACACGCCCGAGACCGAAUCGUGCGCAUCGUCCAUUUGAAGUCCACACGUACAGCCUCGCAUCCCAGCACGACGGUCACAGCUGCGAUCGCUCGCCAUCCAACGACCGCCGGACCUGCAGACCCACGCGCAUACAAUGGCCGAUUCGGAUUACGAUUUCGAUGACGAGAGUUCAGCCGACGAGUACGUUGGUGCGAAGAGCGGUACUUCAAGCACACGCGCACAAUCUUCGGCGCCUGGCAAGAGGCGGAAAGUAGAGGCGCCUGUGAAGGAACCGCCAAAGCGGCAGGCAUGGGAAACAGAAUACUCGCGGACGGUCCAGAAGACGAUAGAACCGGCAGACGAUGGCACACUAGGACAGAGCGUACAAGAACGGGAAGAAGAGAGGAAGCGCAAAAGGUUACGGAAAGAUACAAAGCCUUUCCAGCGAGGUAUCAUACGUCACGUCGUCCUGGUGCUUGAUCUGUCAGAGGCCAUGAUGGAAAAAGACAUGCGGCCCAACCGAUACAUCACGAUGAUCAACUACACACAAGACUACAUCCGCGAGUUUUUCGAACAAAACCCUAUAUCGCAGAUGAGCGUACUGGGUAUGCACGAUGGUGUCUGCAUACGAGUCUCGGAGCUCUCGGGCAACCCAGCAGAACACGUUGCAGCGAUACAAGGCCUGAGAAGCAAAGAUGACGGCAAAGAGCCCAAGGGCGCGCCCAGUUUGCAGAACGCAUUGGAACUGGCAAGAGCAACAUUAUACCACACACCAAGCCACGGCACGCGAGAGGUCAUUGUUGUCUUUGGGAGCUUGUUGAGUUUAGAUCCGGGUGAUAUACACCAAACAGUCAAAGCCUGCGUACGAGACCGAAUACGUGUCAGCGUAAUUGGUAUGGGCGCGCGCCUCAAGAUCUGCACAGAAAUUGUCACUCGGACAAACGCUGGUGAUGAAUCCGAGUACACAAUCGCAACCGAUCAGGAAAUGCUCAAGGAGCUCCUCCUCGCCACUACAACACCCCCCGUAAUCCGUACAACAGCACCGGCAGUCGCAGCACCAGCCGCUCCGCAAGCCCCAGAUCCUUCCUCCGCCGCAGCACUCAUGAUGAUGGGUUUCCCAUCCCGUGUAGUAGAAGACCAACUAACCAUGUGCGCAUGCCACGGCAACCUCACAAUGGGAGGUUACACCUGUUCUCGCUGCAGCGCAAAAGUCUGCUCCUUACCUAUCACCUGCCCCUCCUGCCAACUCACCUUGCUCCUCUCCACCCAUCUCGCGCGAUCUUACCACCAUCUUUUCCCCCUCCGCAACUGGUCCACAGUAUCCUGGUCGCGCGCCCGCGAAAAGGGAAGUAAGCAGUGUGUGGGCUGUCUAGCUUCCUUUAGUGAUCCGCCAAGCAGCAAUAAUGAAAGAAGUGAGGCGGAACAAGACGGCGAGGUCAACAAAGAGAAGAGGGACGAAGAGGAUAGCGAAGAGCAGAAGGCGUCUGAGAGCGGGAGGUAUGAAUGCAGGGCUUGUGAAAGUCACUUUUGUAUCGAUUGUGAUAUGUUUGCGCAUAUGGUCCUGCAUAAUUGUCCUGGGUGUUUGGGGAGGUUGGAUCCGGGGGCUGUUGUGCAGGCGAGUAACGGAAAUGGGGAUGUCGAGAUGACAGGGUGAGAGAUACUCCGUCUUCUUUGGGGAACACGGGUCUGGCACAGAAGGUAUAGAUGUCUAGAUGUCUAGUAAUGAAAGAUGGAACGUAGAGCGGAUACCCGGUGCGCUACGAACAAAGCGCAUAUUGUACAGAAAAGACGACGCUGUCAAGAUUAUCCUUUCCUUAUGUCUUUUGUAUUGCAGAUCCGAGAUGUUGGACAUUUCAUCAAUCUCGUAACAAUCCAUUGUCGGGU